GCGACACCGCCCAUAGUCGUCGUCAUUCAUCCUGGGUCACCGAAGCACAGAGAGGAGAGCGCACGUCUCUGUGUUCAAGGUUCCUCACCAUGGAGCUGGCUCACAGUCUCCUGCUUAAUGAAGAUGCUUUGUCCCAGAUCACCGAAGCAAAAAGGCCCGUCUUCAUCUUCGAAUGGCUCCGGUUUUUGGAUAAAGUGCUUGUGGCAGCAAAUAAGGUGGAUGUAAAAGAGAAGCAGAAGAAGCUGGUGGAACAACUGACGGGACUAAUCAGCAGCGCUCCGGGACCACCGACUAGAAAACUCCUGGCCAAAAACCUUGCUACGCUCUACAGCAUUGGUGACACCUUCACUGUUUUCCAGACUCUUGAUAAAUGCAAUGACAUCAUCAAAAGCAAGGAUGACACACCUGCAUACUUGCCAACAAAACUUGCUGCAGUGGCAUGUGUUGGGGCUUUUUAUGAGAAGAUGGGGAGGAUGCUGGGAAGCUCCUUUCCAGAUACCAUCAAUAAUCUUUUAAAGGCAUUAAAGAGUGCAGAGUCACAAGGCAGAGGAGAGAUCCUUCUGAGUCUGCAGAAGGUGCUCAGCGGACUGGGUGGAGCUGCAGCUUCUUGUCACAGAGACAUCUACAAGAAUGCUCGCUCUCUGCUUACAGACAGGUCCAUGGCUGUACGCUGUGCAGUAGCAAAGUGCCUGUUGGAGCUACAAAAUGAGGCUGUAUUCAUGUGGACCACUGAACUGGAGAACGUCGCUACUUUGUGUUUCAAGGCCUUGGAAGGGUCUAACUAUGGCGUUCGGGUAGCCGUAGCGAAACUGCUGGGGACGGUUAUGGCCACUGCCCUGAUGCCCAAACAAGCAGCUGUGAUGCGUCAGAAUGUAAAGCGAGCCACUCUGGAGGAGGUGCUGGAGCUCAUGGCCACAGGCUUUCUGCGCGGUGGAUCUGGCUUCCUGAAGAGCGGAGGAGAGAUGUUGAAGGGGGGAGGCUCUGUCAGCAGGGAGGUGCGGGUGGGCGUCACACAGGCAUACGUUGUGUUUGUGACAACACUUGGCGGUCAGUGGCUUGAGCGCAACUUUGCCACAUUCCUGUCGCACGUGUUGGACCUAGUGUCUCACCCUCGGGCCACGCAGACUCACGUUGAGGCUGUGUACUCGCGCCGCUGUGUCUCCUUCAUGCUGCGCGCCACCUUGGGGGGCUUGCUUGGAGAGAAAGCACAAAUCGCAGCCGGCAAAGAAAUCUGCCAAGCCAUCAGCAAGCAAAUGAGGGCUGUGGAGGCAGUAGUGAAUGAUAUUAGUGGGGAGAAUAAGGCAGGUGCAGGUGAUGUGUCUGCCAGCCAGCAUGUUAUGGUGUGUGCUUUAAAAGAGCUGGGCAGUUUGGUUCAGAGUUUGAGUGCCACAGCUUCACCACUCAUCCAGGAGCCUUCUGUAGGACUCCUUGAAACCGUGACCUCAGUGCUGCUGCACCCAAGCAUGGCAGCACGUUUGGCAGCUGCAUGGUGCUUGCGUUGCGUCGCCGUUGCGCUACCCUAUCAGCUCACGCCUCUGCUGGACCGCUGUGCUGAGAGAAUCAACAACCUGAAGAGUUCGCCUGAGGCUGUAAGCGGCUACAGCUUUGCGAUGGCUGCUCUGCUGGGAGGCGUGCACCAGUGUCCACUGGGUAUCCCCCACACCAAGGGCAAGUUGGUGGUGAGUAUAGCUGAAGACCUUCUGCGAACAGCUGCUCAGAACAGCCGUCUGUCCCUGCAGCGCACGCAGGCUGGAUGGCUUCUGCUGGGGGCCCUGAUGACUUUGGGUCCCUCGCUUGUGCGCUAUCAUCUCCCCAAAAUGCUGCUGCUGUGGAGGAACGUGUUUCCUCGCUCCCAGAAGGAGCUGGAAGCCGAAAAAGCCAGGGGAGACUCCUUCACCUGGCAGGUCACCCUGGAGGGCCGAGCUGGAGCACUGUGUGCCAUGCGUAGUUUUGUGGCCCACUGCCCCGAGCUUCUCACAGAAGACGUAAUCCGCAGGCUGAUGACUCCUAUCGAAUGUGCCAUGACUAUGAUGUCUCAUGUCCCUGCCAUCAUUAAGGUACAUGGAGCCCACCUGAAAGCAAGUGCAGCUAUGGUGAGGCUCCGGUUGUACGACAUCUUGGCUCUCUUGCCUCCGAAAACUUACGAAGGCAGCUUCAAUGCUCUCCUGAGAGAACUGGUGGCAGAGUUUACUUUGACCGACAACUCGGCCAACACUACCACGUCUUUGCUGCGCUCUCUGUGUCAUUAUGACGACAGCGUGCUCAUGGGCUCGUGGCUACAGGAGACCGACCACAAGUCCAUAGAGGAUCAGUUACAGCCCAACAGCGCGUCUGGCAGCGGAGCUCUGGAGCACGAUCCCUCCUCGAUCUACCUGCGCGUCCCCGUAGGCGAGGCCAUCCCAGGACCUCUCCCUUUGGGUGUGUCGGUUAUCGAUGCUUCAGUGGCUCUGUUUGGUGUGGUGUUCCCUCAUGUCUCCUUCAAACACAGGCUGCAGAUGUUAGACCACUUUGCAGAAUGCAUAAAGCAGGCUAAAGGAGUUCGACAGCAAGCCGUCCAACUCAACAUCUUUACUGCAGUCCUUUCUGCCCUCAAGGGUUUGGCUGAGAAUAAGAGCACUCUUGGGCCUGAGGAGGUGCGUAAAUCAGCUCUGGCCCUGGUGAUGGGAGCUUUGGACAACCCUAAUCCCAUCCUGCGCUGUGCUGCUGGAGAGGCCCUGGGGAGGAUGGCUCAGGUGGUUGGAGAGGCAACCUUCAUUGCCAGAAUGGCACAGACCAGCUUUGAUAAGCUGAAGUCAGCUCGUGAUGUAGUUUCAAGGACGGGCCAUUCACUGGCUCUCGGCUGUCUGCAUCGAUAUGUUGGAGGAAUUGGCUCUGGCCAGCACUUAAAGACCAGUGUCAGCAUCUUGUUGGCUCUAGCCCAGGAUGGCUCUUCACAUGAAGUCCAGACUUGGGCUCUGCACUCUCUGGCUCUAAUUGUGGACUCAAGUGGUCCCAUGUACAGAGGCUAUGUGGAGCCUACACUGUCUCUGGUGCUCACCCUGCUCCUCACUGUGCCCCCGUCUCACACAGAAGUUCACCAGUGUCUGGGCCGCUGCCUGGGAGCUCUAAUCACUACUGUGGGACCAGAGUUGCAGGGAAAUGGAGCUACUAUUUCCACCAUCCGCUCGUCCUGUCUGGUUGGUUGUGCCAUAAUGCAGGACCACUCAGACUCUCUUGUGCAGGCAGCUGCUAUCUCAUGUUUGCAGCAGCUGCAUAUGUUUGCUCCACGACACGUUAACCUGUCCAGCUUGGUGCCGUGUCUCUGCGUGCACCUGUGCAGCUCUCACCUGUUGCUGCGUCGUGCUGCAGUGGCCUGCCUGAGACAGCUUGCUCAGAGAGAAGCUGCAGAGGUCUGCGAGUACGCCAUGAGCCUGGCAAAGAGAGCAGGAGACAGCAAAGACAGCACUACAAUCAAUCUAAACAUCACAGAGACGGGUCUGGAGGGCGUUCUGUUUGGCAUGCUGGAUCGGGAGACGGACAGGAAGCUGUGCUCAGACAUCCAUGACACACUUGGCCACAUGCUGUCGUCUUUGGCCGUAGAAAAACUUUCCCAUUGGCUGAAACUCUGCAAGGAUGUUCUUGCAGCAACUACAGAUGUAGGGGGCGCUGUUGUGUUUGAGGUGGAAAAGGACGAGGAAGACUCAGAGAAAAAAGACGAGAUGGACGAUGACACAAUGUUCACGGGUCUGGGCGAAGAUGACAAAUCGAAGCCAUCUGUGGCUCCGCGCUGGGUCACACGGGUGUUUGCGGCAGACUGUUUGUGCCGCAUCAUCCUGCUGUGUGAGAAUGCAGACAAAACACACUUUGACCUGGCAGCUGCUCGUUCGGCGCAGGCCAAGAAUGUGAAAGGAGAUCUGCUGGUGCUCCAUUUAUCUGACCUCAUCCGCAUGGCUUUCAUGGCAGCCACAGACCACAGCAACCAGCUGAGGAUGGCUGGCCUGCAGGCCUUGGAAGACAUCAUUAAAAAGUUUGCGUCCGUACCAGAGCCCGAGUUCCCGGGGCACGUUAUCCUGGAACAGUACCAGGCCAAUGUUGGAGCUGCUCUCAGACCUGCGUUUUCACCUGACACGCCGUCCGACAUUACAGCAAAGGCAUGCCAGGUGUGCAGUACGUGGAUCGGCAGUGGCGUUGUCAGUGACCUCAACGACCUGCGGCGAGUCCACAACCUGCUUGUGUCGUCGCUGGACAAGGUGCAGGCUGGGAAAGGCUCGUCCAGUCAGCUGUAUAGUGAGAGCGCUACCACGAUGGAGAAACUGGCUGUGCUGAAGGCGUGGGCUGAGGUCUAUGUGGUGGCAAUGAAGAUCAAAAAAGAGGCUGAGUCUAAACCUGCAAAACCAGUCAGAAGUGGAGAUGACGACGAGGAUGAGGAGGAUCUGGGAACAGACGUGCUUCCCCCUGACAGUCUUAUCACCCUGGUGCAGCCAGAGCUGCCCUCACUAAGCCGCCUGUGGCUGGCCAUGCUGCGAGACUAUGCUCUGCUCACUCUGCCUGCUGAGUUUUCCAGUCAGCUGCCCCCUGAUGGUGGAGCAUUUUAUACCCCGGAGACUAUAGAUACAGCAAGGCUCCACUACCGAAGCUCCUGGGCUCCUGUCCUGCAUGCCGUAGCCCUGUGGCUGAACAGCACUGGGUUUGGAGCAGGUGUAGGUCAGGAGGAGGUCUCAUCAGCUCCUUCCAAGCCUCCUGGCCUCCCCCAGGGAUGCUCCUCCACUAUAAAGACCUUUGAGGAGUCUGUCAAAGACAGGAUGCAUCUAAUGUUAGGUGUCAGUAUAGAGUUUCUCUGCUUUCCCCGCCCUGAAGAGCCUAUUGAACAUGUGAUGUCGUGCCUGCGGGCCCUGUGCACUCUGCUCGAGACUCCUUGUGCUAAAACACAUAUUGCAGAUGACCAGCUGCUGGCUGUGGAGCUCCUGAACGUGCUUCACAGGCUUCUGUUGACCCGGGAUCCACCUGCUGUCCAGCUUCAGGUCACUGCUGUCGUCCAGGAGACCAUCAGGGCUGCACAUGACCAUCUACAACGAGAGAAAACAGCAAAAGGCCAGAAACAUUAUGUUACACUGCAAGCUUCUAUAUUUAGAGUAAAGUUAACCAAAUUGUGUAGUAGUUUAAACGGUCACUACGUUUUGUUUUUUUUUGGUUUAGGCAAAGAGGAAGAUGGCGAGAAAGACUCUCAGGCCAGCCUUGGAGAAGGAGGAGACACAGGGGAGCUCGUCCCCGGCAAGUCUCUGGUGUUCGCUGCCAUGGAGCUGCUCGUGUUCAUCCUGGUCCGCCACUUACCCCAGCUUAAUACACGUGUGAAGGAGUCGCCCAGCCAUGUGCCACUCAGGUCUCAGCGACUACCCGAAGAAAGUGCCCGCCUGGUGGCAAACGCAGUUUCCAUCCUGGCAGAGCUGCCCUCGCUCUGCUCUCCAGCUGGAAGCAUGACCAUCCUACCUACAGUGCUUUUCCUCAUCACCGGAGUUCUGAAGGAAACUGCAGUAAAGACUCCUGACAACUCGGUGCCAGUGCCUGUGGCAGCUGCCCUCCAGGGCAUCAAGACCAUCAUCACCUCCCCAAUAGCCCGGCUGGAGAGCGUGCGGACGCAGUGGACCAGCCUUGUGAGGAGCAGCCUGGCAUCUGUACUUGAGUAUUCGCAGCCAGAUGAGUCCAGGCCUGACAUGGAUGAGGUCAGUAUGCUGACAGCGAUCACACUCUUCCUGCUGUCAGCCAGCAGUGAGCUUGUAGGAGUGACUGUCCUGCAAAAGGGCUGCAUGGACCGCUUCCGAAAUGCCCUCAACUCUAGUGACCCCUGGGUUCAGGCUCGGUGUUACCAGCUGCUGUUGUCGGUGUUUCAACACUCCAGCCGUGCCCUCUCUACUCCCUACAUACACGCUCUGGCUCCACUCAUGGUGGAGAAGCUGAAGGCAGUGGAGCGCAGCCGGCCAGGGACGGUUGCUGAGCUGCAGGCUGUGCAGGAAGGAAUCAGGGUCCUGGAGAAUCUGGUUGGCAUGGGUGAAGAGCAAAACCGGGUACAGCUGCUCGCUCUCCUUGUACCGACUCUCGUCUCUUACCUUUUGGAUGAAAAUUCCAUCUCCUCUGCACCCCAAGUCUCCAAAGGCCUGCACGAGUUUGCACUUCAGAACUUGAUGCGGAUCGGCCCUCUCUAUCCGGCUGCCUUCAAGAUAGUGAUUGGAGCGGCACCUGAGCUGAAAACCCGUCUGGAAUCUGCUAUACGGGCCAACCAGGCCAGCAGCAAAGCCAAAGCUGCAGCCAGGCAAGCUCAGCCAGCAGUGCAAGCUGCACCAACCAUUAAACUCAAGACGAGCUUCUUCUGAACACUCAAAAAUGCACUGCACACUCUCACCUAUCCUUUUUGGAUUUCUUUCAACAGUGUACCACAUGUCAUGUCUGUAUCAGUUAUGCUUUCUAACUGCAUUUAUUUAUUCUACAUCUCUUCUUUGUUUUGAUGGACGAGUACUCCCCUCAAAGAAAGUUUAUGUAAAUAUCUUUGAAAACCUUUAAAUUUUAACUUUAAAAAGCUUGCUAUAAAAUUUGUAGCAAAUUUUAAUUGUGUGAAUGUAUAAUUUCCAGACCACACAAUUUACAUCUUUUUUUUUUGUUCCCCCCAAGUCACCAAACCCAGCUCUCUAUGGAAGUUUGUUUCUGACAUUUUUUUUAGGCAGAGCUAAAUUGAAAUUUGAAAAAGUCUUCUCAGAAUGUACUUACGAAGUAUGUUUUCAGGUACAAACCAUGAAUUUUGACUUACAGAGGGCAAAAAAUAAAUAAAUAAAUCAGGUGGCAGAAAUAAAAUUCCAGAAAAAGUCAAUAUUUGCUCUACAAUUUUCCCUGAUUUUUUUUUUCUUUUCUUUUUUUUUUUUUAGGAGGCCUUGGGGUCUCCAGGUUGUUACUGAUGAAUGUUACUUUAAUUUCUUAUGUUUUGUGUGUUUUCUUGAAUUAUGUUGUAAACCUUCCUACUACUUGCUCAAAGGCAAAGCUAAUAAAUUAAAGUUGAUCAAACCAGUAUCGAGACUAAAAUUAGAACAAACUAAAUGAUAAAUGCAUUAUGAUAAAUGCAUUAUAUUUUUCACUAAAACUCUCCAGUUAUCUGCACACUAAUCAACAAAUAAAUAAUUAUACAUAUAUGUAUGUAUAUAUAUGUAUAUGUAUAUAUGUAUAUGUGUAUAUAUAUAUAUAUAUAUAUAUAUAUAUAUAUAUAUAUAUGUGUGUACUGGUCAUCACAUUGAUUUUUAUUUUUUAUUUUGGUCUGAUAAAUACCUGUGUUUACUGCCUGCAUGUGCUGGUGUUCACCAAUGUCAUCAAUAACUGGCACAUUUAUGUAAAUGUAACGUUACACUCAUUUUUUUUCAAAAUGUGAAUAAACUUAUUUUGACCUCA